AUGGCAAACAGGUCCUGGGAGACGGGCCUGACGGGCCUAAGAGCGGUUCAGAUGCCCUACAUGAAGAGGAAACCAACAAGGCCAGUUACGUCACCCGGACUGGCAUUACCGGGCUCCACCCUGGAGCCAGGCCUGGUGUGGGUGCUCGGCAGGCUUGGGAGUGGUCAGAGGAAUGAGACGUUCAAAUACCCGCUGUACAUGAUGCAGCUUUACCGGGCCUUUAAAAUUUCCGAUUCAUCCCUCUUUACUGACCCUCGGCUGGAGAUGACUGCACCAAACUCCAACUCUGUGCUCAGUUUAACAGCUAAAGUCUGCCAUCAGGCCGGAGCCCGCUGGACCAUGACCUUUGACCUGUCCUCUGUAUCCUCUAAUGAGCACAUGCAGUCAGCCGAGCUCCGCGUGCGCCUCCCUGCCUUCUCCGCCUCUGCAAGGGCUACUGUCGACCUGUACCACUCCAGAACACCCUCCUGCUCUCAACAUUCACCCUCCUGCAGAGAGCAACGCAUUAUGUUAGGGACAUUUGACACUGCUCCAGCCCACAGCUCAUCCUCCUGGAAAGUGUUCAAUGUGUCGGGCUUCUUACAGGAAUGGCGUGGUGGAGCACUGGCCUGGGAGAGCUCAGAAGACUAUGAAGAGGGGAGUGGAGCCGCAGGGGGCAGGCUGGUGCUCGGUGAACCUGGGCAGAGAAAGGUGUCCUAUGUGACCACAAACCGUGUUACCAUGGUAAUCUUCUCCAGACAGAGCAUCCCGUCAGUGGGGCAGCCAACCUACAGCCUGAUUCAGACUGUGCAGAACUCCAAGUACGUGGGGAGAUCCAGGACAGAGAGACCGGGAGGCAGGAGGCACAAGAGAAACCGGCUAGAUCACACUGUAAAAGAGAGGCUGAGGACAUCAGACAGGGCCAUCUCCGUAGGGGCCCCAGAGGAGAGCGAGCCCCGGCCCCUGUGCAGGCGCGUGGACAUGUGGGUGGACUUUGACCUGAUUGGCUGGGAUGCUUGGAUUGUGUAUCCCAAACGUUACAAUGCCUACCGCUGUGAGGGGGAGUGUCCUACCCCCCUGGAUGAUUCCUUUAGCCCGACUAAUCACGCCUACAUGCAGAGCCUGUUGCACCACCAUCAGCCUGGCCGAGUGAGCUGCCCCUCCUGUGUGCCCACUCGUCUCUCUCCCCUCUCCAUGCUUUACUAUGACAGCGACGACCUGGCACUGCACCAUCAUGAAGACAUGGUGGUCGAGGAGUGUGGAUGUUACUGA